UCAACUCAUCCACAUCCUAUCGACAACAUCGAACUAUCCAACUCUGAUCUGUAACACUAUACCUUACCAUGCACUUGGACGACCUCCACGCCCUCUUAGGAUCCUCGCCUUCUUCCCCACGUAUCGCCGAAUUCCUGACCACCCUCUCCUCUUCCUCAUCUUCAUCCUCAUCUUCAUCCUCAUCGACUUCAACACCUCCUCCUCCUCUUGAGCCGGAGAUCAAGACCUUCCCAGGUACCGUCUACCACAACUACUACGACCUUGGUAUCUCUUUAUGUUACAUCCCCGUCAAGAGGACGGGCAAGGGCAAGGUCGAUCCGAAGGGGAAUAAUAAUGAGGAAGAGGGGUUCAAGUUGGACGAGAUCGAUAUUUAUAAUAGCAACGAGGACACAAGCUCAGGGUUGGCUUCAGGAUCAAUAAUACCUGGGGCGCGAGCGGGAGCGGGAACAGGAGCGGGAGCGGGAAAUACAACGGGUCUCCGAGGCAAGGCUGCAAGGGUACCUAAACCGACGUUCAAGACGUUCAAGGGCCUGCCUAUCGAAUUUCCCCUAAUUGCUGCCGAGGACAACAAGAACGCUACUGGGUCUGGUUCUACCGAACGGACGGGAAAUGCUUCUACAUCAUCAUCAGCGCCACAGCCGACAUCGUCCUCAUCAACCCAACCACCCUCCACCCCCACGUCCCACCCCUUCCUCUCCCUGAACUCUGGAACGACCGGCCGCACACUCGUCCAAACGCUCGGCGAACCCACCAGAAAGGGCGGAGGUUCCGGGAUCGGUCCGUUCAUGCAAGGGGUCUACCUCGAAUGGUCCCCGUUGGGCGUGCAGGUGGAUUUGCAAGCUGGGAAAGAUAGUAAAAGCCAAGAAGGUGGGGUUUGGGAGCGGGCGGCGGGGUGGGGGUGGGUCUGUUUGAAGGUCUUUGAGAAGGGUGGGUGAGGUGAGGUGGCUUGGUGUAAAGUUGGAGGGCUGGAGCGGGAGCUGGAGGGAUGAGCAUUGGAGGGUGGUCGUGUUGAAAAGGUCGGGUCGAUGGAUAUUGAAUUAUGAUCCGAGUGAUUCGUGGUAUUAACUCAUUCUUGAUGGCGAUAAUGGAUGAUCGCAUGGUGAUGGUACAAGUCCGUCUAUCCAUUUCGUCCCUGCGAAGUUCGUAAGGCUGGGUGGAAAAGCAAUAACAACGGGUUGAAAAUCCAUGUCUGUCCGGUCAGAAAAGUCUUUGAUAUGACAGCGUAGAUGAAAAU